UUUAUUAAAAGCAUCACUAAACAAACGCUUUAAUGAACAAGGAUUACCUCUUAAAUUGUCAUUGGCAAGUGGCAACAUUCAAGCAAGUCUGGCACGACCUUUUGUGGAGUUUGUAGUUAAUAAACUUGAUUUAACCAAAAUGCUUGAGCAGCUGGACAAUUGGGAAUAUGCGGGGGAUGAAUUUUUUAUUCAGACACUUUUGGCUUCAGACGAUUUAAAGGCACCAAAUGCCUUUACACAUAAAUGCAUUGAUCAAAAAAUUAGUGUUCCGUAUGUGACUAGGUACUAG